AUGCGGCCCCUGGACGGCGCCGGGGCCGCCGAGGUGCCCGAGCCCGGGCUGCGGCCGGCGGACGACGCGCCGCGGGGAGCGGCGGAGGAGCCCGCGGCGGCCGAGGCAGCGGGGACGCCCGGCCCCGGCCGCCGCUGGCUGUGCGGCUCCUCGCCGUGCGGCUGGUGCGCGCCGCCGGAAGCCAAGAAGAAAGCACCCUGUCCUGGACUUGGCUUGUUUUAUACAUUAUUGUCUGCCUUCCUUUUCUCAGUGGGCUCUUUAUUUGUUAAAAAAGUGCAAGACGUCCAUGCUGUAGAAAUUAGUGCAUUCCGAUGUGUGUUCCAAAUGCUAGUCGUUAUCCCUUGCUUAAUAUACAGAAAAACUGGGUUUAUAGGCCCCAAAGGUCAGCGCAUUUUCCUCUUUCUCCGAGGAGUUCUGGGCUCCACGGCCAUGAUCCUAUUGUACUACGCUUUCCAGGCCACAUCCCUCGCCGACGCCACGGUUAUCACCUUUAGCACGCCCGUGUUCACGUCUAUCUUUGCUUGGAUAUUUCUCAAGGAGAAAUACAGCCCUUGGGAUGCCCUCUUCACCGUCUUCACCAUCACCGGCGUGAUCCUUAUCGUGCGGCCCCCGUUCCUGUUCGGCGCCGGCGCCAGCGCGGCGAGCGGGGACGGGGACUACUCCGUCCACCUGAAGGGCACGGUCGCCGCGGUCGCGCACGCCGUCUUCGCCGCCCUGACUCUGGUCAUCCUCCGCAGGAUGGGCAAGUCCGUGGACUACUUCCUGAGCAUCUGGUAUUACGUCAUCCUCGGGCUGCUGGAGUGCGUCGUGGUCCUCUUCAUCCUAGGGGAGUGGAGUUUGCCCUACUGCGGCUUGGACAGGCUGUUUCUCAUCCUCAUCGGCCUGUUUGGUUUGGGGGGUCAAGUGUUUCUCGCGAAAGCCAUCCAGAUAGAAAAGGCAGGGCCGGUGGCAAUAAUGAAGACUAUGGAUGUGGUCUUUGCUUUCAUCUUGCAGAUUAUCUUCUUUAACGAUGUGCCCACGUGGUGGACGGUGGGCGGGGCGCUGUGUGUCAUCGCCAGCAGCUCGGGCGCCGCGAUUCGGAAGUGGUGCCACGGCGCGCAGUGAGGCUCGGCUGGGCCGGGCGUGCGCAGCGUGGGCUCGCGUCCCGCACACCCCACGCGUGCGCACGCCAGAAGCAGCAUUUCCCUCACUGAUCAUACUUAAUAAGUUUCAUAAUUAAAGUGCCAUUUCUGAAUAUGGGAUGUCUUUAAUGAGCUAAGAAUUAGCCAGUCCGUGUGGUCUAGCGAUUUUCUUUCUUUUUUUUUUUUUCCCUCAAUGAUGUGUUGGUUUGGGUUUGGGUUUUUUAUUGUUCUUGGGGUGGCGUCGGUAAGAGGACAGAUCAUUUGUUGCAAAAAGCCCUGCAAAAUGUUUUAUGACUGGUGUAUGUAAUUUCUUUGAAGCAUAUUUUUGGUACUGAUGGUACUGAUAGAGGUGGGAGAAAAUUUUAGAACCUCUUUUAACCAGUGUAGAGGCUAAGAAACUUAUGGAUAAUAAUGCUGCUAUAAUUGGUAUUAUUAUGUUGGAAAUUCAUUUGAAACCUAAUUCCACUUAGGAGGCCAAAGCUGAAACUUGGAAAAGGUGCCUACUUAAUGGUGUUAAUAAUACAAAUCAGCCUUAUUUUCAAGGCUUUUAUAAUGAUUAUUAUUCUUUUAACCCAUAUGAGUGCCUUUUCAUUUUGAUGCCAGAAUUUUUUAUAUGUAAAGUUAAAAAACAUUUUUGAUCACCCCGUUUGACUGGUUUUCUGUUUCAGUGGCAUUCAUGAUGGUAGUAGCUCUGUCAUUCUGUAAUUUUAAGUUGUCCUCUGUUUUUUUGAAACUGCACUACAUUUUUCUUCACUUUCUAAGAUUUCAGGUCUUUAAACCACAAGAGAAAUCUUGGCAUAACCAGUGUGCACAUUUCCAUCCUGAAGUAUUUUCCCCUCACUAGAAAUGUGAUUUUCUAUAACUUCUCUUUGAAUUUAUAGUAUGAUGCCAAAUAAAAUUUUCUCAGGAUUUUAUUAGGUUGAACCAUAUGAAAUUGCUGAAAUUUUACCAUUUUAACUAACAAAAACCAUAGUUUCUUAUGGUUCACCCUAAUAGAUACCUCCCUUACCUUCUUUACACCAAAUAUUUAGAACACUGUGGCAUAUAUUUUUUUAAAACAACUUUUUAAAAAAUACGGUGAUCCUCUUAAACUUAUUUUUAUAGUCUUUUUCCCUUAUGGAAUUAUAUAUAAUAGUGUUUCAUGUUAUUUGUUAAAUGUAAAGACCUGUGAAUCCAUGGUUGAUUGACUUUUGUAGUUGCUUGAUUAGGAAAAAAAAAAAAAAAUCACUGUUAAGUUCUAGUAUAUCAGUAUGUUAUUAAAUGUCAAUGCUGCACCAUGACACUAACUUCAUGAAUUCAAACAACAUUUUAUAUCUGGAACUUCAUCAGGCCAAUACUCUGCAGUUAAAGAGAGAAUAUAAUAUUUAAGAAAGCUUGGGAGGUUGAUCGGGAAGUAGAGAGUACACACAAAUGAUUCUUUUUCACAAUAAACCCUUUAUUGGUGAAGCUAUGAUGGUUUCCAACUCUUACUGUCCAACCUAGCAACUGUUAUUAUCUUAAGCCUGUAUAUUGGAAAGAUUAUAGGCUUUCUCUCCCUUUCAUCAUAAUUCUUCAAAGAAAGAACGAACUUGGCUUCUGAGGUUUAUGCCUUGGUGAGAAAGGAUCUUUUCUAGUAGUUUCAAGAGGAAAUUUUUAGCUUGCUGAUUUUCCCAAAUGUUUCCCACCUGACAAAUCCUAAAUGAAAUCUACUUAAGGGAGUCACACUAUCAUUAUAAUUUUAGCCUAACCCACAAUUUUUGGAUUUAGAGUUGCAGAAGCAUCAUUUUACAAGGAUAUUAGAUAGUUACAAGACCAGAGCAUUUUAGAGCUCAAAGGUUAGAAAUCCUCUUGUAGGAACCGCACUGCAUGGAUAGGGAUGCUGGGGAGGGGAUCUGCCCAAGAUGGGUUUCCAUGGCCUUCUCCUCUCCCUUACUUCCACGAUAAAGUAUGGAAAGUAAAUGACUGCUUAAGCUACCUAAGGUAAAUUAACUCAGGGAACCCUCUCCUGGUUCUUUACCUUGCACAAUAAAAGAACCUAUGGAACAUUGAGAGUUAAAUCCCUUUGGGCCUGUACACUAGAGACAUGUUUUAUUUCAACAGUGUGGUUUAAGUACUUGAAUGUCACAAUAUAUGACCAAGGUUGGAGAAAAUGUUUCUUCUCUCAACUUUUACAGGGUGUCAUUCUUAAACACUUUUAUAUAAUGUCCAAGGUAUAUACAAGGAUGUGUAUUGUAACAAUUAUAAGUGUAUAUUUUACAAAGAUUGUAGUUUAUAUCUUGAAAAUAUUUUUGUAAAUUGUUUUUAUUAUUUAAAUACUAAUAAAGUUAAUAUCGAAGAAGGCUA